AUGGUAAUAUUCUUCCCUGAGCUGGGCUACUGUGAUGGCAACUGGAAAUGCGAUGCCAUUGUGACUGCUAGCUAUACCUCUUGGCACAAGAAUCACAUCAACUGCUUGGACUGUAAAGGGACCUACAAACCAACAGCAGAAGACGUCAUCGAUUUUUAUAACCUCGAGACACUGGACUCUGAUGACACUGAGGGUACUAACACAAAGACUACCAAAUGGCAGACCUGUGAUUCUGAACCACUUGACACCAGGUCAAAUUCCAGUAAGAAGCAGAAGUCCUCAGAAAUAUCUACAAUUGAAUAUGCACCACCAUCACUACCAGUCCCAGAAGCCAUGGACUCAACUAGUCGAUCCCCUACAAUAGUUCCAGAUGGGAAUACCCCACCAGAUUCAGAGUUCCAGCCCACUAAUGACCAUUCCAUUUCAAUGAUUGCCAAAUCUCAUGCUGCUAGCUCCUCAAAGGAGAUGCCCACAUCCAGUGCCCCUGCCAGAUUCCAUGCAUGGUCAUUGAAAUUUGCAAACCUGCUCACUACUCUUGAACCAACCAACACUAAUCAACUACCAUUAAUUCAACCUCCCCCCUCUGAAGAUAUUCAGUCUAUGACUCUGGCAGAGGAACCAAUAUCUAUACAGCCCACCAGUGAACCUGUGCUGCAGCCUUCCAUUGUACUGAUGCCAGGACACUCCCCAGAUGACUCUGAGAUGGUCCCCAAUGCCCACCCACCAGCCACUAUUCAAACCAGUGUGCCAGCAAAGAAGUCAAGGAAGAUGCAGAUCAGGAAAGCACAAAAUGGAUGUAACCUAUGUGCACGUGAAUGGCUCACUUGUAACAAGACUGGAUCAGCAGCUGAGCUCAAGGCCUACUAUGAUGGACUGUCAGAUGGAGAGAAAAAGUCAUAUGAUAAGCUUGCUGCCAAGAAACUAGUGAAUGGCCCCAUUAGCGACACCACUCUCCUUCCAACCCAACUUCUUGCAACCUCACUGCCUCCCUGCAUUAUCUUGAUCAUCCUUGCACAAGGAUCGCUGUCAGCGACAGUAUGA